AUGGCUCUCUCUCUGUGCUCGGGUCAGCUGCACAAGGUCUACAUGCUCAUCAGCAUGUAUCGGCACGGUGAAACCGGAUUUGCUGGAGGCUGCGUUGACGCAAGACACCGAUGCGCCUCGUCUCAGAGAGGCCAUUCAAAGGGGUCUACUGAAAUGCUCGUUUUACUCGGCCAAUCAGCAUCUAUGGUCUACUGUUCAUCCGAAUCACCUUCACCUCCUUUCAUCUCAUCCUUCUCUUCAUCUUCCUAUUCCUCCUGUUCCUCCAACCAUCAACUGGCCUUCUCUUCUUUCACCGGCGGCCAGCAGACUGAACUCUCGACGAUGCCUUCCUGCUCCUCGGCAAUCCAGUUGUACGCAUCCUUAUGGGGCAGGCUGUACUCUCCCAGCGCCAGUACGACUCCCGAGUGGAGUAAACCUCACAUGUUGUCCUUUGAAAAACCGCCGUCCAACUCACCACGAAGUUCGUCUCCAGCUUCAGCAGGUUCCGGCAACUUUGGAGCCCGACAUGAAGUGUUACCAGGCUCGGGCAUCGCCUUCACCGCCGGCCCCAUCUUGGCUGACAGUGAACUCGUGUAUGAUCCCAAUUAUAUUCCUGCUGGAGGCGACAACUUUUCCGUCAGUACUGAUACAGCCAACCCGGCUCAUUCGGAUGUCCACACCGUCAGUUGCCCUCUAACAUGGACAUACGCCGACGUCUACCCACAUCUGGCCUACAUUCCUACUCCCGAAGAGAUGCUAGCAGACAAAGAUGCCUGGCAGGAAAAGCUCCCCAAAGGUAGGACACUCAAAUUAUCCGCUCAACUUCCUGUUAAUGCGUCAGGGCGUAGGGAAAAUGCAGUUCUUGUAAAAAAAGACCACGCAGUAUAUGAUGUUGGGAGAUGUUAUAAGAUGUAUUCACCCUAUUUCGUUUAA